AGACAGUCUGUUUACGUUCCCAUUAUAUACCUCUGAGGUGUAGAUAAGAUCAGUUUAAGCUCGGCCGUUUUAAUCACCGUCUAGAUCCAGUCACAAUGACAUGCAAUAUGCUACUAAUAUCCGUGGUGGGAUUGGCCCUGUUCCAAGCGUCCCGAGGAUUUCUAGCCGCUAAUGAGAGUGUAAUAACAGAAACAAGCGGAGGGUACGGCGCUUGCCCUGAUCAUUGUAAAAUAACUCCCUGCGCUAGCCAGGUGGGGUGUUCUCUCUGUGAAAACGGAUACUGCCUUCACUACCAAAAGCAUGGCACAUCAAGUAUUGGGGUCUGCUUGGCAUCGUGUCCAUCUGGGUUCUAUUGCCAGCAAAUCCGGUUUUCGAUCUGUAGAGCCUGUAAGGACACAAACUGUGACACGUGCAAUUUUCUCGGGAAAUGCACCAAGUGUAAAUCUGGGUUCGCACUCAGUUUAAGUGACGGAACAUGCAAUGGCGCUGCCAUGACAACCGAGGAAUCAACUACAACCGAGGCUAUGACGACAGCAAUGGCAUCAUCUACCGAUAUGAUGACCACGAUGGGACAAACGAUGGCUGCCUCAUCAGAUACAACAACGAAUACAAUGACGUCAGCAAAAGCUGCCAUGAGCACCACCGAUUCGAUGACGACAACAAAAAUGGUUUCCGGUCCUGCGCCAGUUGUUGGAUAAUUUUACCCCUUUUAGAAUGUUAAUAAAAGAGAUGUACUUAGGAGUAUUAUUGAUGAAUAAAUCGUUAUACAAUUUAACAAAGAAGCU